CUUCACUGAAUGUUAAAUCAUAAAUCAACGGUAAUGUCGGUGAUCCAUUUAUCCAUAAUAUAAUAUUCAUUGUAACAUCAUCUUCGACUUAAUAAAUAAGCAUGGCUUCCGAGGAACCACAAUCGCAAGAACUGUCUAUUGCAGAGAAGUUGGACAAUGAGAUUGCAACUUUGAGAGCUCAAGUGGAAUCGCUUAAACGAGAUCUCAAGUUGCAAACUGCUACUCUAAUAACAUCAGACUCGACGCUUCAGAUAUUGCAAGCUGAUUCAACGAAGAAAUCAGGUUCAAAAAAGUCAAACGACAGCUCUAGGCUUCAGGAGCUGUUGACAAGAGCUGACGAGCAGAACGCGCAUAAGCAGCAAUGUCUCUAUCGAACAUGUGCUUCUAUCACAACUUUUAAAGUGCGCGACCCGGAUCCUAAUGCAGUAGAUGGGGGUAAUGUUUUGGGUUUGCGGUUCGAAGUCAUGUCCAAAUCUCGGUUCCUUCGACCCUAUUAUGUUAUGUUGAACCGGCCCUACUCGAAUUCCCGGUUUCUGCGUGUCCAUCGGCAUACCGUUCCCCAGUGCAUACCGCUUUCUGGAUUGACGGCUCGGUAUCUCCCUCCACCAGUAGCCAACGACGACGACAGCGACAUGCCAAAGAGGCAAGAUUUGUCGAGUUUCGUGCGGGCGUUAAGGCGGGAGCUGGUUCGCUACCACAAUCGUACAGCCGUUAUCGGGGAUCUACGGAGCAUGGCAGGGUUGGAGAGUAAGAAGGGGAAGGCUAAAGAAUUGGAGGUUCCAAUCACCGAUAUCAGCGCGGCUGAUGCACAAGCAAAGCAAAUCCGUGUCGAGUGGAGCGACGGGCGCUCGGGACGGCUGGUGAUGGAUGACGACGGCGACAUCGUGAAGAUGGUCGUACAGGGCGAGGAUGGACAGGACCGAGAAACUAUGAGACAAUUUCUGGGUGGGAGCCUCCGCGUCGAAGAUGUCGUCAAACAACUUGAAAGCGCAUGAGCCUGCAGAGCCAAGAUUAAAGCGACAAGCCACAAAGCCUCAUUCAAUGCGAUAGGUCAUCUAUACGUUACUAGUCAAUAUAUUAUCGGCGGUAUAAACCUAGUCACGAGCUUACAACAAAAUAACUUGGGUAUCACAACAGUCCCGACUGAUCUCGGGUUACCGAACUCAAGAUGGAUCUACACGAACAGAUUAACCCGUAGCCGUAGGGUAGUAUUGGGCAACAUGGAGAAGACAACGUUGCAAAAGAAAACCCCUAAUGUGAGGACGGAUAUCAACGAUAGUCGUUAUAUCUAAUCAGUCGGUAAGACCUUAAGGAUAUGGGUUGUGCAUGUCUAACAGGUUAAUGCAUGCGAUCGUCAAGGUCAGAGAUGCGGACGUUUAUCGGCUCUCGAUCCUCGGUCUUCAAUCUUCUAAUGUUCCAGAAGGUCAAUUCUAUAUCUUUAGGUGCACGACGAUAGCCUCAUUCUAACCCACAUUGGUAAAUUAUAUCUUUAUACUACUACCAAGUACCGGUCCGACAGAUUC